UGUCUCCGUUGGUUACAUAUAAUGCAAAACAAUACAACGCGUUGGGUCGUUUAAAUUGUUUUCCAUCUCAGACGGCAAUACAUUCAGUUUUACGAAAAAAACACAAACAAACGCACAAACUAAUCCCAAUCAUCGCAGCUAAUUUUUGUCAAAAUUAAAAUCGUUCGCAUAUCAAUAAGAAUUAAUUUGCAAAAUGAAACAUCAACAAGUUGUUGUUGACUAUACAGUCAUGAUAAAGUCGUGCUUAACGUGUUUAAUGUUAGCAUUUUCUGGCUACAUUCUAAUUAGAUUGAUUUGUACCAUUUUCGUCUUACCGAAGUGGAUACAAAAGCAACAGGAACUGGAGGAUCUGAAACUGCAAAACGAAGCGAUGGCCAUAAAAACGAAAAAAUUUGUUCAGUUUUUGUCGGCAGAAUCCGCAGAAUCGACAGACAAAUGUGAUGCGGACGAAAAUAAUCUGGAAAAUGUAGUUGGAGACAGCGUCGAAGAGAACGAGAACGCCAGCCCAGAGGAGAAGAAAGAUAAAUAAGUUUAAUUUUUGCGUACCAUUAUUUGGUUGUGCGGUUAUUAGAGUGAUGUUGUGAUUACUUGGAUUUAAUGUGUGAAAAUAAUGAUCUGCCACCUUUCUUUAUAUCGAUUCACAAGUGGCCAUCUUCUUGUUACUGUGUUAUUGUUUACUUCAACAGAUUAUAACGUAUUUUUCCUGCAACUAUGCGUAAUUUUA